AUGUCUUUAAGCACGUUUUUGAACAAGUUCGUGGUACACUUAUUCAAUCUAUUUUGUUUCAUAUCAGGUGUUGGUAUUUUGUGGAUCGCGUACUUCAUGGACAAAAAGUUAUACAAAUGGUCUGAGUUCAUUGAUUCGACACUGACCACAGUGCCUCAAAUACUAACGGCUGUCGGUUUCAUAUUACUAGUCAUUUCUGUUGCAUGUACGCUCGGUACACCCAAAAACAUCAAAUGUCGAUUAACUGUGUUAUCUUUGCUGCUCGCAAUCAUCUUAAUUGGAGAAUUCGUGUUGGGUGGUGUUGUAUAUCGUAUGCGUAAUGACAUGGAACAAUACGCAUUGAAACAAAUGAAAUACACUAUCAGCGCAUACAAUAAAACCGGACAUGAAGCUUCUAGACAGUCCUGGAAUGUACUACAAUCUGACACCGAAUGUUGUGGAAUUAACGGACAGAAAGAUUGGGAACUUGUUACUCGCAGCGGUAAACUGCCUGCGUCUUGUUGUUACGCCAUCCAAAUCGAUGAAUCUUGCACAUACAUCAAUUCGUACACAAUCGGCUGUUUUGAUAAGUUCAAGACCAAUCUUCAGCAUAAUAACCGAUUAAUAUUUUGGUUUGCAAUAGGAUUCGCUAUGUUACAGAUACUUGCUGCAUUUUUAACAUUUUAUUCUAAGUGUUCUAUUGUUCAUGAAGGAUAUGAGAAAAUAUAAUGAUCAUUAUUCAUUAUAAUUAGUACCAUCAAACAUAUUAUAAUUGAAGUUUGCGCAAUAUUCAUACAAUAUAUACCUUUACCGGCUUUACCAAUAUAUAUACCUAAUGUUUUACUUCGUUAUUCUAAAUAUCAUCUGACUUUGCAAUAUUAU